UGAUGAUACAUACACUCAACCCGCCACCUCCGCUCGUUAAUCCAAGUAGGGUUUCUCGAUUUCGAGCAAUCUGAAAUUAUUGGUUUUUAAUUUUUGUUUCCUUUUCUGCCUGCGAUUACCUGGAGCUACAACUUUUUCAAAUACUUGCUAAAUUUGGCGGAAUUGGGUUUUAAUACGGAACCUGGAUAACUUUGUAUGGGGUAAAUGGUGGUGCAAGAUUGGGAAAUGAAGAAAUCCGCUAGGGUUUCGCCGUCGCAGGUGGCCGACCUCCGCCAAGCAAAGAGUCAAAUACUAGAGGAUCAACAAGCAAGAGUUCAAACUAAACCAAAGCCAGCAUAUUUAAAUGUUGUUCCCUCUAAAAAACACCUUGCUUGGUAUGUUCCGUUAAACAAAAAGCAAUUGGAAAGGAAGUCCCCUCGCAUUCCUCAGAUAAAAUGGAAAUGCCCUUCCAAAUUUGCUUUACAUACUGGUUGGCUUGUUGCUUCUGGUGAAGAAAGCCAGGAGGCAGAACCUCAAAAGUGUAGGGAAUCAGCUGUGUCGGAAGUAGGUUAUACUAAUCUCAGCCCUGUUAAUUCGCUGCUAGUGGAAGGUAAUUUCCAUGAUGACAAUGAGACACCGAUCAUCCCAAUUAUUCCUAUUGAAGAAGUUGCAGAAAUUCCAUAUGAUACAUCAGCGACAGUGAACCCAAGUACCAAUCAACAACCACUGGCCUCAUGCCCAUUAGUAUCUGGUGAUCUUCCCGCAUCUCAGUCUGAUCCUUCUGAAUGUCAAGACCAAUCUGUUCAUGGUAAAUCUCUUCCCCAAAUACCGCAUGGUCUCGAAAGUGGUGGUCUGGAAAUUGCUGCUGCUGCGGCUGCCACUGUUGCUGCAGUAAUGCCAAGUAAAGAUCAUAUCGACACUGAACUGCUGAUCAAGUUUCUUAGCGACCCAGAAAUGACUAAGAAAUUGAUGGAUGGAAACGGGUGGACAUCAAAGCCUGAAGAAGAAGCUCCUCCUGCACCCAAAGCAAUCAUAUCCUCGUCUUUGCCAAGCUCAACACCUGCAUCAGUGGUUGAUAAACAUCCUAGUCAGCGUAAUGAACCAGUGAUCAAAGUAAUCCUAUCCAACUCCACUAAAGAGCCAGUGAAUCAAUCUCCUAUCCUGCCUUGCUCAUCAGUGGUGGAUAAACAUCCUAAUAGGCGUAAUGAACCAGGGAGCAAAGUAAUCCUAUCCAGCUCCACUAAAGAGCCAGUGAAUCAAGCUCCUAUCCUGCCUUGCUCAUCAGUGGUUGAUAAACAUCCUAAUUGCCGCAAAGAACCAGUGAGCAAAGUAAUCCUAUCCAGCUCCACUAAAGAGGCAGUGAAUCAAGCUCCUAUCCUGCCUUGCUCAUCAGUGGUUGAUAAACAUCCUAAUUGCCGUAAAGAACCAGUGAGCAAAGUAAUCCUAUCCAGCUCCACUAAAGAGGCAGUGAAUCAAGCUCCUAUCCUGCCUUGCUCAUCAGUGGUUGAUAAACAUCCUAAUUGCCGUAAAGAACCAGUGAGCAAAGUAAUCCUAUCCAGCACCACUAAAGAGCCAGUGAAUCAACCUUCUAUCCUGCCUUGCUCAUCAGUGGUUGAUAAACAUCCUAAUUGGCGUAAUGAACCAGGGAGCAAAGUAAUCCUAUCCAGCUCCACUAAAGAGCCUGUGAAUCAAUCUCCUAUCCUGCCUUGCUCUAAGGCUGAAACAAAAAUCAACAAAGCUGGAAGUAAACCAAAUGGAAUGGGUGCAGUACAUGGACCAACACACACAUCACAGGCAGCAACAAGACGGAGUCAGUCCCCAAGGUUUAUCCCUGAUGGCCCGACUAAAAAGGUGACUGCUUGUUCAAAUGCUCGGGAACAUAUGGUCAGACCUCUAGUGCCGUCCCCUUUGAGACCUGAUGAGACAACCAUCGACAGACUAGUGAAAAAAUAUGGAGGUCAUGAUAUUACUGCGGUGAAGCCUGCGGACUCCACAAUGGUAAAUUUGGAGGCUAUGAAGAAAAUGAUUCAUGAUUACGGAGCACCUGAUGUAGCUUGGGUAAAGCCAAUGGUUUCUCUGGUUGCUCCCAAUGCAAUGCCACCAAAUAUAGGAGUGCCACCAAAUAUAGGAGAGGUACAUAGAAGACCCUUCAUGGGACCAAGAAGUCCUCCCUUGCUGACCUUGCCUCCCGUGAUGAAUACGAAUCUGCACGCCUUGCCCAUGAAUGCUACAGGUAACUUUCGUCCCUCCUUCCCACCACCCCUGACUAUGCCUGCCCGUGGAGUCAACUUGCAGUAUCACAAGCCCGACUUACAGUAUCACAAGUCGUUAAUCAAACAACAUGGAGAAAUCCAAGAAACUGGCAAUGACAAUGUCCCAAAGAUUGGCCAAUCUGGUAACUACAUGCAAGGACUAGAACGGGCACAUAAGAUAACCAAAAUCGAAACGGUUCCAAAAUACCGGAAACCUUGCCUAUAUUUCACCAGCCCAACAGGGUGUCGCAACGGCUUCAAUUGCUCGUUCCAGCAUGAUGUGCCUGGACAGUGGAAGGCUAAUGGGGCUGUGGAGGCUCCGAUAAACCCGGUAGCCAUGGCCCCAGUACCCAAGAGGAUGAAGCUCAAUGAGCAAUUUGGAAAUCGCCAUUAUUUCUGAGAUGGUGAAGCUAAUACUAUCAACAAAUAGAGCACACUAAAUCAGUGCCUUUAAACUUAUUUAACUGCAGAAAGAUACAGUUUUUUUUUUUUCUUACUCCAUUGCAAAAGUGGACCACAGUUUUGAAAGGAUUUUUUUUUAUACAGUUUUUGAUAGUGUAGAUUUUUUUUACCAA